AUGCAAGAAGCGCCAGCCGCGCUGUUCACAGAGCCGGGCCCCAGCCCCGUGCCUGCCUUCCUGGGCAAGCUAUGGGCGCUGGUGGGCGACCCGAGUACCGACCACCUGAUCCGCUGGAGCCCGAGCGGGACCAGUUUCCUCGUGAGCGACCAGAGCCGCUUCGCCAAGGAAGUGCUGCCCCACUACUUCAAGCACAGCAACAUGGCGAGCUUUGUUCGGCAACUCAACAUGUACGGCUUUCGGAAGGUGGCGAGUGUUGAGCAGGGCGGCCUGCUCAGGCCCGAGCGCGACCGCGUCGAGUUCCAGCAUCCGAGCUUCGUGCGCGGCCGGGAGCAACUCCUGGAACGCGUGCGGCGCAAGGUGCCUGCGCUGCGCAGCGACGACAGCCGCUGGCGCCCCGAGGACAUGGGCCGGCUGCUGGGCGAGGUGCAAGCUUUGCGGGGAGUGCAGGAGAGCAGCGAGGCGCGGCUGCAAAACGAGAUCUUGUGGAGGGAGGUGGUGACACUACGGCAGAGCCACGGUCAGCAGCACCGGGUCAUUGGCAAGCUGAUCCAGUGUCUCUUUGGGCCACUUCAGGCUGGGUCCAGCAGCGCAGGGGCUAAGAGAAAGCUGCCCCUGAUGAUGGAUGAGGAGAACUCAUGCCCAACACCAACCAAAUUCAGUGCCUGCACCCUGCCUGGUGCUCUCCUCCAGGACCCCUACUUUACCCAGGCGCCCCUCCCAGAGACCACCGUGGGCCUCAGCAGUCCUCACAGGGCCAGGGGCCCCAUCAUCUCUGACAUCCUGGAAGACUCUCCAUCCCCUGAAGGGGCCAGGCUUUCUCCCUCCAGUAGUGGCAGGAAGGAGAACAGCCUGGCAUUGCUCAAAGAAGAGCCAGCCAGCCCAGGGGGGGACAGCCAGGCCAGGCUGACCCUGGCCCUAAACGACUGUGAAUUCUGCGUGACAGCCCCCCCACCGCUACCUGUGGCUGUGGUACAGGCCAUCCUGGAAGGAAAAGGGAGCUUCAGCCCUGAGGGGCCCAGGAGUGCCCAACAGUCUGAACCAAGGGGUCCCAGGGAGGUACCUGACAGGCAGCCUCUGGGCCUGGAGAGGGGGGACCGGAGCCUGCUGCCUCCAGUGCUACUUUGGCCCCCCCCUGGAAGUGUGGAACCUGCAGGGCCCCUGGAUGUGCUGGGCCCCAGCCUCCAAGGGCGGGAAAGGACCCUGAUGGACUUGGAUGUGGAUCUGUCCCUGAUGCAGCCCUUGGUUCCAGAGAAGGGUGAGACUGAGUUGGCAGUCAAGGGGUUAAAUUCUCCAGGCCCAGGGAAGGACUCUACUCUUGGCAUACCACUCCUGCUGGACGUCCAAGCGGCUUUGGGAGGCCCAGCUCUCAGCCUGCCUGGAGCUUUAACGGUUUACAGCACCCCUGAGAAUCGGGCCCCCUGCCUGGGCCUGGGGACUGAUCCCUCCCCCUGA